AUGGCCAACAACGCUUUCCCUCCCCUCGAUACUUCAAUGACUGGCGGAAAUCGCGCUGGCGCAUCUCCUACUACUAUGCAACCUGGUUCAUCGAUCAAUGGCAAUGGAGUUGGCGCAGCUGCAAAUUACAUGGCCCCUCUUCCGGUGGGGCAUCAGCAAGACCUGAACUAUCUCUUUGCACAGAUUCAAGAGCUUGGAGGAAUCCUCAGAAGCAAUCGGGAGAAAGUCAAUGUCAUUACACGAGCUGCGGAAGAAGUUGCGAAGCGGACGACUGGUACACUUCCUGAGGGCGAAGCUGGCCAGGACAAUGACAAAGCUCGGAUUCAUGAACUCGAACGUGAAUUGGCCAAGGCAAAUCACAUCAUUGACCUGUACAAGCACGAGCAAAAGGAGAACACCAGCUUGAUCGCCAUGUAUGAAGAUGCAUUGGGCACAGCCACCGAACAAAUCCGCAACUACACCGGCGAUAUUGAGGCUAGGUUUCUCGCACAGCGCAAACACUACAAUAACCUUCUCCAACAGGAAAAAGAUGACCAUCUUCAGAGUCGUCUUGACCGAGACCACUGGCAUGCUCAGGCAUUGAAAUUAUGUGAGAUGAUCCGCACCGCUCAUCGUCUACGGACAGAUGAAUGGUCUGAAGAGUACACCGUUGUUGCGGGACUUCAAGCUGAGGUACGGUGUCUUCGCCGUUGCUUGGGGAUGGAGCCAGAGAAGCCUGAAGAGGAGACAGGCUGGCCAUACCUCAAAGACUUGCCGCUUAAUGAUCAGGCGUGA